AAAUGUUAAUCUUCUCUUUAUAGACAUCCCCAGCCAUUUGGAUGAUCUUCCUCCCACAAUGCUGAAGAAAGAGUAUACCAGUGUCCCAGUAGUAAAUAGUGUUGACGAUGUAGUGAAAAGACUCUUGUCGCUGGAAAUGGCAAGCCAGAAGGAGAAGAUGAAAAUAAAGACACAGCAGCUGGUGGAGAAGGUCAGGAGGUCUCCCAACGACAAUGGGUCCUCCGAGGUGCAAGUUGCUGUGUUGACUGCCAAGAUACGCACUUACGAGGAACAUCUUCAGAAGCAUCCCAAGGAUAAAAGUAACCGUCGUCGCAUGCUGAUGGCCAUGGAUCGCCGGAAGAAACUCCUCACGUAUCUGCGCCGUGUCCGCUAUGAUAUCUUUGAGCACACCUGCAAGCAGCUGAACAUCCAGUACACCCUGCCCCCGCCCUACAACAGGAGGAGAACCAAGCGCUGGCUCGUCAAGAAGGCUUUCUGCAUCAAGGUUUUUCAGGAGGUGCAGAAGCUGAAGGCGCUGCAGAGGCUCAAGGAGAGGAGAGACCAACAAGCAAGAGCUGCGAAGGAGGCGGUGGCGGCGCAGCACGAGGGGCCGCCCGUGUAACGGCUUGUUCUCUUUAACAAUAAAUAACUACCUACAGACCUAAA